UCGGGGCCGCCCGAGGAUGGGAAUCCUCUUCACCAGGAUCUGGAGGCUGUUCAACCACCAGGAGCACAAAGUAAUCAUUGUUGGUCUGGAUAAUGCAGGAAAAACAACCAUCCUUUACCAGUUUUCUAUGAAUGAAGUGGUGCAUACUUCUCCUACAAUAGGCAGCAAUGUAGAAGAAAUAGUGGUUAAUAACACACGUUUUCUAAUGUGGGAUAUUGGAGGGCAAGAAUCUCUUCGAUCUUCAUGGAAUACUUAUUAUACAAACACAGAGUUUGUCAUCGUUGUUGUAGACAGCACAGACAGAGAGAGAAUUUCUGUAACUAAAGAAGAACUUUAUAAAAUGUUAGCACAUGAGGAUUUAAAGAAAGCAGGUUUGCUUAUUUUUGCGAACAAACAAGAUGUUAAAGAGUGCAUGACGAUAGCUGAAAUAUCCCAGUUUCUGAAACUAACUUCAGUUAAAGAUCACCAGUGGCAUAUCCAAGCAUGCUGUGCUCUAACUGGCGAGGGAUUGUGCCAAGGACUUGAAUGGAUGAUGUCAAGACUUAAAAUCAGAUGAUUUUUAAUGACCUCUUUGCACCGACAUUGCAUACAAAAGUGCUGUACCUAUGGAUACCUUGGUUACCUGUACCUAUGGUAACCUGCAAAAUUAAUGGGUUAGAUGUAUUUAUAAUAAACUGAUUUCAACUUUAUUUUCUACACACAUAUAUUAAGACCACCUCUUUGAAAACAGAUGAAGAUGAAGGCUCUAGUUUAUUUUCCCAUUAGUUUACUCUGAAGAUAGGUUUAAAAACGGUGGUUGACAUUCUUCUCAAGAUAAAGCCACUCAGGACUAUGUGUGGUGAGUAUGAAGUGAGAGGAAGGAAUUUUUAACUUUACAUUUUAUAUUCCAAUAUAACUCUCCUAGUUGAAGGUGUUGGCCUCAUUAUUCCAGUAAAUUAGCAAGCAAAUCAGUGGCAUAGGUAUUGACUUUCCAGUAUUUUAAAAACUUGUUCAAAUGUGCUACAGAUACAAAAAUAUUUUCCUCUGUGUACUGUACAUAUUUGUGUAUAUUUAUACCUCAAGUGUAGGUUAACUGAAAUCUGUUCCAAGAAAAAGUGAAUAACACUGCAUCUCAGUGUACUGAGAAUAGUACUAAUGUUGAGAUUGUUGACAUGUCACAACUGCUUUUCCUUUGUUCUCUGUACUGCUCUAACCUUCACCAAAUAAUUGGUGCACCAUUUCUUUAUAAAGUGAAAUCUCUUAAGACUAUUGGUUUUUAUGCUUGUCAUAUAUAUACUCUGCAAUUAAGAAUGAUCACAAAAAGGGAUAGUGUGUCUGAAUGUGGAUUUUAUACUUUGUUCAGUAUUGGCAACUAACUGCAAUUCUUUGCUAAAAGGUAAAGAAUCCAAAAAGUUAGCAUUCUCAUUUUGUUGGAUAAGACCAUUCCAAAAAAUGCCUGUGUUGUGCUCUGCUUUAUGCCAUCAUGU